AUGCAAGUGGUCUUCAGAGGAGAUCUCCUGGAAGAAGAAAAUUCCCGUCGGAAUUACAUCAGCCGUGGUCCAAAUGACACCUGGCACAUUGAUGGCAAUGAUAAACUGAAGUUCUUUGGAAUGUGGAUACAUUUGGGGAUUGAUGGAUUUUCCAGGAAGGUUCUAUGGCUAAAGGUGGGCACAUCCAACCGCAAACAAAACUUUGUGGCCAGAUACUUCUUUGAGGCUGUUCAAGAACAGGGUGGCUGUCCUCAAAUGAUUCGGGGGGACAGAGGAAAGGAGAACCUUGUUGUUGGUCAAAUGCAGAUGGCAUUUCACAUGCGAGAUCUUGGGAAUCAGGCAUGGAGGUGCUUCAGAAUGGGGACAUCAGUGCACAACCAGAGAGCUGAAUGUUUUAACAGUAUUUUAAAGCGGACAUGGAUUAAGAAAUGGCUGACAACAUUUGAGGCCAUGAUGGAGUCUGGGAUCCUUGAACUGGACAAUCCUGUGCACAUCAACUGCUUGCAGUACUCACACUUGCCACUGCUUCAAAGAGACUUAAAAACGGAGCAAACAGUUUGGAACACCCAUGACAUCCAUAAAGCAACGCAAUGCACCAGGUCCAUUUGGGAAACCCGACCUUCUGUUUACCUCACCACCUCCUGGUAUGUCAUUUGA